AUGAUCAAUAUGCUUAUGACUUAUGAGAAAAUUUCUUUGCAGUCCGUGAAGGCCUUUGAAUGGCUUUCCUUGAAUGAUUUCUCUUCUUCAGACAGAGCUUACAUCAGCGAAACUGUAUUUAACUUUGUCUUUCUAUCGUUUGUCUUGUGGACUUUCCAUCCCUUCAUCUUCAAGAGCAAAAAAAUUUACACAGUCCUAAUAUGGUGCAGGGUCCUGGCUUGUUUAGUUGCUUGUCAAUUUCUUCGGAUCAUAACUUUCUAUUCUACCCAACUUCCUGGUCCUAACAUUUAUUCUAUCUAUUUUUUGUGA